AUGACAAUCGGCGCACACAAGAUAAAACGGAACUGCGGGGACGGUCGCCGUUUUGACCGCGAAUAUCAAUCGGCGGCUGUUGGUCAGCAAGUAGUUGAGCCGAUGACCGAUGGAUAUAACCGCGAAUUUGUCAUGGGUUCAGAGCAGCGGCAGACACUCCUCUGUCUUUUGAAAACCGGACCGGAGCGAGGCUGCCCGCGUCAACAAAAUAAGAUGGAGGAGAAUCCCAGAUCUCUUAACCUUGACAAAUACAGAAUUUCAUUUAAAUCAUACACUUCGGAAUAUCAGAACCAGCCCUCGGGUUCAACUUCAAUUGGAGCCAUUGCUUCAUCUACAGUUGGACUGUCAGAGAAUCUCUAG